AAAAGGUGAUAAACUGUCAAUGAAGCUUCAAGCAUUAAGGGACCACAAUAACAUUAACUUUCCAUUAUAAAUUUAUGCAUAUAUACUAACCUUACACUAACUUGCCAAGGGCCUAACUACAACAAUUACACAAAACAAUCCUUUCUUUCUCUUCAAAUUCUCAUAAAAAAAAACCCUUUACUUAAUUUCCAUGGCAAUGGCAAUAUACCCUCCUUACAAGGCCAAUGAGGCUAGUGUAACCUACCCUCGUGAUGCCUCCUUCUCGUCUUAUCUUGAUACGGCAGAGAGAGACUUUGUUAGAAGCCUAGCGGAAUCUAUCAAUAGUCCCUCUCCUGCUCGACAAGUUUCCACCCCUCGCACAAGUUUGCAGGAGAGGAAUACUUCUCGAGCCCAAAGGAGUGGCGAAUUAGACGUUUUCGGUGCUGAGAGUUACUUUAAUGAAAAUUUAGAUGGUAAAAAAGCCGGAAAUAGUCCCGUCACUCCAAGAAAGGGAGGAGGAGGAUCAAAUGGUGGGAAUCAUAAUAGGCAUCAUAAACAUAGAAGAGAAAAAAGAGAUGAUCAUAACUUCUCUCUAGGAAAAAAGUCACCAAGUAUAAGGAGUAAUAUUAGUACUAUUACUAGUUCUAAUAGCCUUAAAUCACCUACCCCAAGUCUUAAAUCAGAAAUUAGUUGGAAUUCCCAAAUUGGAUUGUUUUUACCCAAAAAAGGAAGUGUUGGGCAUAAAAUCUUCUCUGGUUUUCAAUGCAGAGGAUCUUGUUUUGACAAGAAAUCUGUUUAUACAACCAAAACUACCCACCAAAUAUCUCAAUUAUCCACAAAAUACCAAGCUAUUAAUAGUAAGAAUGCCUAUAGAAAAAACAGAAUUUCCCAUCAAGAUCAUUUUGCCUUUCCAAUUAUAGACACAGCAUCUCUAAACUUGGAUCAACCCAGGAAAUCCAUGGAGGUUUUCGGGCUUCAUCAACUCGAAAAGCAAGAAAUUGAACAAAACAUCGAGAAGAAACUAUCAAUCCUAGCUUGGGAUGCAAUCCCAAACUCUAAUCACACUAUCUCAUUGAUAAACAAAUCUAGUCCUCUUAAUUCUACUGUAAGGACUGAAGAUUUUGAAGAUGUGUGCAGUGAUGCAAGUUCUGAUCUUUUCGAGAUCGAAAAUCUUUCGGGUUUUCAUGGAAGCCAAACCCCAUCAACCCCUUAUUAUGAGCCUAGUGAAGGGAGUAUUGAAUGGAGUGUAGUUACUGCAAGUGCAGCUGAUAAUUUCUCUGCCUUUUCUGAUUAUGAUGAUGAGAAAAUCAGUAUUAGAAGUACAAGAGAAAGGACUAUUAGUAAGAAUUUCAGUAAUGAUAGGAGAAAGAUGCAGAGGAGUUCAAAUUCUGGUGGGAUUUUUUUAGGGUGUACAAGUCAUAAAGCUGUGGAUGUCGUAGGGAAUUACAAUCUAAAUCGAUCAUGAAAAUUCUUGCAUUAUUGGUGUAUGCUCAUAUUCAAACCUAUGAACAGUCAGGUUGUCACAUUAACCUCUGAUACCAUGUCAAAAGUUUAAGCUAAUGGUUAAUGUCCACCCAAGAGAUGUUAUGGACACUAUCAACUUUUUCUAUGAAAAUGGGUUACCUUUGUAAUCAUGUUUGUACAAUUUUUAAUUAGUGUAUUAUGGUAAGAUAAUAUUUUUGUGAAUUAUUGAAUUAAAGGCUAUUGAAAUGGUGUACUAUUGAUAUUAUUAGUUCUAUUAAAGUUUAAUUAGAUUGAGAAUGAUUUAUGAUUAUAGAUUUCUAAUGUGAAUCAUAAUGAUGAAUGAAGCUUUAUACUUUGCUUUCUUGUCAUCCAAAGUUGGAGCAUUUCAUGGGACAAGAAAUGAGAACCCGGAUUUAACUUUCUUUUGGUAAACUUUUGGAUGGACCUAUUCUAUAUUAGUUGCACAUUUGCCUAACCAUUUUGGACCCUUGAACAAAUACUUUUAUUGGCCUUUUCCUAACUCCUUUUGCUUUGGGUCUUGCAUUUAUUACCGACUAAUGUAACUUUACUUGCAAUUAUCAAUGGGCUUUGCGCCAACAUUUACACUAAUAAGGCUGAUAGUUGAUGUUUUCUUAUAUAAGAG